UGACUCACGUAGUGAAUAAUCCCGAAUGGCGCAUGCACGGCUCAGCUGGUAUGUGAUGAAGGCGAGAUAUCAUCGAGUGUAAUAAUGUAUUAUUACUAUGCUUCUAACGUAUUAACCAAGUGCUGGACGCUGUAUUGUUGUUAGCGGAAGGGCACCCCUGGUAGCACCUGCCAUGAGACCCACCUAAAUUGCCUCGCUGUCAGCCCCUCAAUGAUCUGUCAUGAAACUAUUAUUUUGUGCCAAAUAUCUCCGAAAUAUGUCAAUCGUCAUUCGCUAGUGGGUGUUCUGUCGUUGGAUGAAUUUUAACAAAGUGCUGUGGGUCAUUGUUUUGUACUGGUGGGUGCCCAAGUAUGCAAACAAUCUGCUCGUACAUGUCUAAAAAAACAACUUUAUCACUGGCAUAAUUUACAAAAAUAAAUCAUGGACCUUGAUGACACACAGUGAUUUUAAAAUGUGCAGUACUUGAUUGAAUGAUUAAUAGUGAGAGACUGGGCAUUUGGGACCACAUUUAUUUGUGAUUCAACAACUGAUUUCGAUUAAAUGUACCACAAACGGAGGUGGACACACGAAAACAGCUGGGACUGCGCCGUGUCAUUGCUACUGAUUUUUUGAAGAAUUUUUCAAAGUGAUUUGGAGUUUAUUUAAUUCCGAGGGGAGCAUGGAUUUUAUCGGGGAUGAAGACAGGCGGAGACGCCUCAGAGCACUCGAGGAGAGGAUCAAGGAUCCCAGGAGUGUGUCCAAUAUCGAUUGUCUGCUUGAUACUGUUCAGGCACUGGUUGCUGAUUGUGAGCAUCCCAGUGUGAAGAGGAUGAAGAAUAUUGAGGCUUAUAUGAACAGAUAUGACUCAGUGGCUCAGGAAAUCUGCAAAAUGCGAAUGCGGACAGACGACUUCACCCUCAUCAAAGUGAUCGGGCGAGGUGCCUUCGGUGAGGUGCAGCUAGUCAGGCACAACUCCACCCAGAAGGUCUACGCAAUGAAACUUCUCAGUAAAUUCGAGAUGAUAAAACGAUCGGAUUCAGCUUUUUUCUGGGAGGAACGAGACAUUAUGGCACACGCUAACUCCCAGUGGAUUGUGCAGCUCCACUUCGCAUUUCAGGAUCAGAAGUACCUCUACAUGGUGAUGGACUACAUGCCAGGUGGUGAUCUGGUGAAUCUCAUGUCGAAUUACGAUGUUCCGGAAAAAUGGGCGAAGUUUUACUGCGCCGAGGUUGUGCUAGCCCUGGACGCCAUUCACUUGAUGGGAUUUGUUCACAGAGACGUUAAACCUGAUAACAUGUUACUGGAUAAAUACGGACACCUGAAACUUGCGGACUUUGGCACCUGCAUGAGGAUGGAUACUGACGGGUUAGUGAGAUCUGAUACUGCGGUGGGAACUCCUGACUACAUCUCUCCAGAGGUGCUCCAGUCUCAAGGAGGUGAAGGUGUCUACGGUAGAGAGUGUGACUGGUGGUCAGUGGGUGUUUUCCUCUACGAAAUGCUGGUGGGUGACACUCCAUUCUACGCCGAUUCCCUCGUGGGCACAUACUCCAAAAUAAUGGAUCAUCGUAAUUCCCUCCACUUCCCCCAGGAGGUGGACAUAUCGCACUCAGCAAAAAGCCUGAUCUGUGGAUUUUUAACCGACCGGACAAAUCGUCUGGGGAGAAACGGUGUCGAGGAGAUUAAAACUCAUCCGUUCUUCAAAAACGAUCAGUGGACAUUCGAUAAUCUUCGGGAUUGUGUUCCUCCAGUGGUUCCUGAACUGUCAGGAGACGAUGACACGAGUAAUUUCGAUGACGUUGACAAGGAGGACACCCCUGAGGAGAGUUUUCCAGUGCCAAAAGCCUUUUCUGGUAAUCACCUGCCCUUCAUAGGCUUCACUUACUCCGGUGAUCAUCAAUUACUGAUCAAUAAAACUGGAAAAGAGGCGGUGGAUGGCAUCAGUGGAAUUAUGGACAAUCACAUCAACAAUGGAGGAGUCACAAUAGCUAGUGAUGAUCACAAGAUAUCGCAACUGGAGAGUCUCCUGGAGCGUGAGAGACGUCAGGUGGAGACUCUGGAGGCGCGUCAUCAUGUUUUAUCGAGUCAGAUGGAGGCGAUCACCAGGAGGGAGAGUGAAUUGAGGGGUGAGGCUGCUAAAGCUGAUAAGGAACUGACUAUUCUCAGACAUAAGUACAAGGAGGUGCAGCGGCGAGUGGAGCACGAGAUCGAGGCGAGACGAAAGGCCGAAAAUCUUCUGGCUGAUUUGAAGAAGAAAUUCGAUGAGGAGCAGAGUAGGAGACAAAGAGAUGCGUCAAACUCUCAUCUGACUUCGGAGAGGGUUUUGACACUGGAAAAACAGAUCAAGGAGAUGCAGAGUAAACUUGAGAGGGAGACAGAGUCGGCCAGCAGAAUGAGAAAACAAGCGACUGAGGUGACUGUUGCUAAACAAACUGCCAAACAAAUGGCUAAUGAAUUGCAAGCAGCUAGAGCACAACUCCAGGCACAGACUGACUCGUUACAGCAGGAAGUGGCUAGUCUUCAGGGACAGUUGUCCAAGGAGCGGAGUUCAAGGACACAAGAGGCUAAUUUAACUGCUGAGUUGAAGUCCAGACUCGCCUCGUUGUAUGCGGAACUCGAGGGGGCCAGGGAAAAGGAUGAGAAGGUCAUGUUGGAUAAUAGAUUGCUGAAUGAGAAGGUGUCGGCGUUGGAGAAGGAAGCGGCUAGCUUGACCUUGGAGCUGAAGGCGGCACAGGCGAGGUAUAAUCAGGAAGUUGCGGCACAUCAGGAGACGGAGAGGUCCAGGAUGCUGUCGAAGGAGGAGGCGAAUAUGGAAGCUGUCAAAGGAGGAUUGAACAAAACCAUAAAAGCUCUACAAGUCAAAUUAAACGAAGAGAAGAGCGGACGACAGAGGGCUGAGCUCCUGGCCCAGGAAAAGGAACGUCAGACGUCGAUGCUGUCGGUGGACUAUCGACAGAUUCAGCAGAGACUCCAGAAACUCGAGGGUGAACAUCGCCAGGAAGUGGAGAAAGUCAAGGGGCUUCAAGGUCAGGUCGAACAGGAGCAGCAGAAGAGGGAUAUCCUUCAGGCGGAGUUGGGACAACAGACUUCAGAGGCUGGAAGACUUCGUGCACGUGAACAACAGCUUCUGGGGGAGGUUAAUCAACUCCGGGAAGCCAAGAGACAAAUUGAUGAGGAGCUUAAUAGUCUCAAAACACAGCGAAAUGUCGAUUUACUACAGACGAAGGAGCUGCAGGAGCAGUUGGAGGCUGAGGCCUACUUUUCGACACUAUACAAAACACAGACUCAAGAACUCCGCGAGGAGCUAGAUGAAAAGACUCGUCUUCAGCAAGAACUCGAGGAGGAAAGAAGUUCCCUAGUCCACCAGUUGCAGUUGUCCCUAGCUCGAGGUGACAGUGAGGCAUUAGCCAGGUCGAUAGCUGAGGAGACAGUUGCUGAUCUCGAAAAAGAACGAACAAUGAAAGAAUUGGAGUACAAAGAUGGCCUCGUAAAGCAUCACCACGAGUUGACAGCCAAAGAGCAACUGUUGACUAAAGUCAAGGAAAGUGAAUCAGAGCUGAAGAAGUCGGUUGAUCAAUAUCUCAAGGACAAGGACGAUGUCAACAAGAAGCUGAAGGACUUCGAGGAGUUGUUGACAAAGUCUCAGGAGGAGAUUGACAAGCUCAACGCUCGAUUGAAGACAGAACAGCUUUUGAAGCAGGAGGCAAUCAGUAAAUUAACGCAGGUUGUCAGCAGGAAGGACUUCUCGGCGACGGGGAAGGCCAAGAACAAAGCGUCGUCAGCUGAUCUCAGGAAGAAGGAGAAGGAUUGUAGGAAAUUGCAGCAGGAGCUGACACAGGAGCGUGAAAAAUAUGGACAGUUGGCAGCUAAAUGGCAGAAGGAUUUGCAGGAUCUUCAGGCGCAGCUGGUGGAGGAGAACUCCUCGAAAUUGAGACUGCAAAUGGAGUUGGACUCCAAGGAUUCGGAGAUUGAGACGUUGCAAAUGAAGAUAUCGUCGAUGAACUCGGAGACUGCCAGUGUAUCAUCCAUUGAGAACGAUGGAGAUGACUCACUACUGCCUGAUCAUGGUGCCAUGAGACUUGAAGGCUGGUUAAAUGUCCCUAAUAAGCAGAACAUCAAGAGACACGGGUGGAAGAAACAAUAUGUCGUUGUGUCAUCCAAGAAGAUCAUAUUCUACAACAGUGAGCAUGAGAAGAUGAACGCUGAUCCUGUGUUGAUACUGGAUUUGAGUAAAGUUUUUCAUGUGAGGUCAGUCACUCAGGGGGAUGUUAUUAGAGCAGACGCCAAAGAUAUUCCUAGGAUAUUUCAGUUGCUGUAUGCGGGCGAGGGUGAAGCCAGACGUCCUGGGGACGAGAGCAAUCCACUGCCAGGGGCUGAACUACCUCAAUUGACUGACAAACCAGGGACACAGUCGGUCAAGGGACACGAGUUCAUUUCUAUUUCCUAUCACAUGCCAACAACUUGCGAAGUUUGUUCGAAGCAAUUAUGGCACAUGUUCCGCCCACCACCUGCUCUUGAAUGUCGAAGAUGUCACAUAAAAGUCCACAAAGAGCACCUCGACAAGAAGGAAGAUGCGAUAGCACCCUGCAAACUCCACUACGACCCCAACAGUGCUCGUGAACUGCUGUUACUCGCUGGAAAUCCUGACGAUCAGAAAUAUUGGGUCGCCCGGUUGUCUCGGCGUAUACAAAAAUGCGGAUACAAGGCCAAUUCCCACGUUGAUGGUACAGGACAACGCGUGUCGCCAAGGGAAUCAACAAGAUCAACGUUAAAACCUUACCUCUCUGUUCAACAGAGAUCAGCAACAUUACCAGCAAAUGCGAGUAUGGGAAAAUGACCUUAAAACCCACUUGUGAUCAGUAUGAAGAUCUUAAUGAAGAUCGUCUUCGUUCAGUGCUAAUUAAUCGAAUUAUGAGAGAGGAAAUACUAAUGGAAUCUCAAUCGCCAAAGGUACACAGACUAAACGGUAAUACGAGUUGUGCUGGAGCUUCGGGGGAUGAUAAAUUAUUUUGGACUCCAGGAAAGUUGGAUAAUUUGUGUACAUCGAAUUCAUUUAACAUUUGCCAUUAAAUCUCGAGUUAUUGCCAAUCUCGAGGAGAAAAAAAAAACAAAUAACAAAUAACUUGAUUAUUAUUUACUUUUUUCAUUUCUAAGUUACGUGACAACUUCGUCGUUUUCUACUAAUGAUUCAGCUGUUUUUUUUUUUAUUAUUAUUAUUAACUUGAAAAGGUGAUGGACAAGUUGUGAGGACUCGUCAGGACCCGAUGUGUUUAUGAAUAAUAAUAAUGAGUAUAUUUUUUGAUUAAUAGAAUCCUUGAAAUUUCAAAUCGUAUAGUAUUAUUAUUUUUAUAUGUAAAAAAAUGUGGAGACGUAGAAUUAACGUCGUGGUGUGAUCUAUUUUAAAUGAAUCGUAAUUACGAUUAUGAUCAUUUAUGUUUUCCCCCCCUUUUUAUUGAAUAAUUAUAGCCAAAUUCAAUCUAAUGGAACAGGAUCUCGAUUCAUAGUUUUUUUUUUUAUUGUACAAAACAAAAUGAAUUGAGAUGACAUUUGAUACAUCACGACGAUGUCACGAUCUUGUUGUAAUGUUACUCAUUGAAUUAAGUGAAGAAUGAACAAUCAAUAUUCGAUGAUAAUCCAAUUUUCAAUGAGACGCGCAUUAAUCGAUUAAUUGAUACGAAUUACUACCUAAAAAAAAAAGAUAACUCAUUCUCAAUAAUUGUCAUUUUCUAGUGAUCGUAGAGACGAUGAUUGUAGGGCCCAUUGAAGGAUGUGGUGCUAGAAGUUAAUUUUUUGAAUCUGAUUUAUCGAUGUAAUUUUAUAGUAACUAUUGAGGGUUUAUUACUAAAGCCUGUAAUUGCUGUUUGAGCAAGAGAAUGUUAACCGACUGCUGCCCUGUGCCUUUUUUCGUUUUCUUCCUCAAUUUAUUGGGGGUGAACUACCCUUUGUAUGAAAAUUAAAAAAGAAUUUUCUGUACUCUAAUGCAGUGAGAUAAUGAGCAAAGUACGUAGGAUAAAUAAUGAGAUAAAAGUGAAAAUAGUUAUUAUAUUGAAUGAUAAAUAAUUGUUACGAGGUGUUUUCUCAAUUAAAUCGGUUAAUCGAUAAUAUUAAUGAGAAUAAUCGUGGAAAAAUGCGGUGAAUCAAAGGUUUUUGUUAAUUAUAAGAUGUGAUGACAGACGCGGGGUGCUGCUGAGUCACGAUGACCAACAAUUUUCUAAGGUAAAUUAUUGAUAAAUUUAACGAGAAAGUGAAAUCAUGAUAAUGCGAAUGAAAUAAUAAUGCAAAAAAAACUUGUUACACCAUAUUUUAUUGUUUAGUUAUUUACAAUCUGUAUAAUAUCAAUUAUUAUUACGAUUAAAACUAUUUUGUAGAUAAUAUGCAAA